AUAGGGAAACGUCAUACUCUAACCAUAUACAAAUUCGCGUACCGCGAUUCCACAAUGCCGAUCGUUUCGUAAAUCACCAAAAUGCCCUUGUUCGAUUCAGUUCGCUUAAAAUGAUUUUAAUUUCACUCAAACACAUCCGAUAUUCAGCAGUUUUUGUUAAGUGGCGCUAAUUAUUUUUUCGAAAACAAUGACAAGCUUAGCAGCAAAAAAUAAAAAAGGGACUGUGAUACAUCGGACAACAAGUGAAACCUUAAGGCUAGGGGACGAGAUUAUAAAUACCCAAGUGCGAAUAACAACGAGGAAAAAAUCUCAGGCCACAUCACCUAGCUGUUCCUUUCAAAUUACUGGGGUAAUGACGAGGUAUGACCAGGAGGACGAAUCAGCUGAUGAUUUAGAUGAAAGUCAUACGGAUGAAAUUUCGCGGGUAACCGAUAAUGAAACGCCCAGCUUUUCUGAAGAUUCACGAGACGAACAACCUCUGCCACAAACUCCUUCGGUGCAAAUUUUUAGCCAGAAUAAAACGAUAUUAGCUAGGCAUACUCCUCCUGUUGAAGACCCACCACUACCACCACCACCUCCGGCUAUUAAAGAAGAACAGACCAAACCGAAGGCAAAUAUAAAUGAUUUAGGCAGAUUUAGAGUAGUCAAAUUGGGAAGCAUGGUACCAUUUAGUAGAGGCCGAUGGACGUGUUAUGAUUAUGUUGAUGAGUCUUCCGAAGCAAAAUCGCCAUUUCCUUCUGUCUGCCAUUCUGCAUCUAAGAAACCUUUUUGGGAAUCAAGCUGCCAACCUAAUUACUUAUAUACAGGGACUUUAAUAUUACCCGAACCUAUUCCGAUUUAUGUCCCAUUGACAAAUGAGAAGCCGAUUUCUUCUCAAUACAGCCUGCCAAAAACCAGCGACGGCUUUCCCAGUUGCCAGAGUGCUGAUACUGAUAUUAAUAAUUCUGGUUUAGACACCAAUCAGAAUAAUCAAAGCCUUACCAAUAAUUUUAAUGCUUUAGUUCCUCUCAAUAAGGAUGUGCUGUUGGUGAAAGCUGACAAAGGGGAUGGUUUGAAUUUCAACGGAAAUACUGGAGCUUCGGUCUCUUGUACUGCCACAAUCGAUACCAAGAUCGAGCAUGCAUUGGACGUGGUGAAGAAUCAUUUAACUCAUGCAGUUCGUGUGGAAGUUGAGGAGCUCAAAGUAAAAAUAAACGAACUCGUUGAACGCAUAUCUUUCUUGGAAUAUGAGAAUGAUCUUCUCAGAUCCAAUGUAACCGAUGAGGUACUUGCGAACCUUGGAAACAUCAGGGGAAACUAAUGCGAUACUCUCAACACAAUAAUUUCAUCACUUAAGUUUACUGUAAUCUUAACAAUUGUUUCUCGCUUAAAUAAUUAUAAUAAGUGGUUGAGGUCUUUAAAUGCUUGGUGCUAACAAAUAAGAUGUGAUGUAGUUACGAGGUGGAAGGAAGUGGAGAAUGUUGAGUGAUUUCUAUGCAUAUUAUGUUAAACUCAAAUACCUUGACAUGAGAGGGGGGUUUUUUUCGUUUAAAUUCAAACAAUCCAAGUGAUUUUUUGCUUGAUUUUUCCUGUUGGGAAAUUAAGCUUUGCCGCAAAAUCUUUAUACCCUUCAUUGUUCAACGUAAUUUAUAAAUAAAAACCGAACAAAAUUGCUGAUCUAACCACCAACAUUGUGAUUAACGAUUCUAAAAUUGUCUACAAAAAGCUCAAUUUUAAAUGGCAAACAACAAUUGCGAAAAAUGUAGAGGGGAUACUCAGGUUUACCGUUGAUGCCUAUACUAGCAAUAAAAUUAUUUUUAAAUCACAAAGUAACUAAUGGAUUCGCUAACAAUUGGAGCUUAGAUAAGUCUUCGAAAUAAGUAACAAUAAACAGUUCAGUAUUAAACAAACAUGAGUUUUUUGUAAAUGUGAAAACACUGCAAAUCUCCCUCUUAUAACAUGACACAUUUUCUUAAUUUUUUUGCGUAGGAGAUGACAAAUUAAAAUUGAUGGCUGUGCUGUUAGCAAACAAUAGGUGCAGUGAAAGUAGUGCGCACUACUUUCCCAAAACCGCAGUUUCCAAAAUUGAAUAAGCAUGACAACACACAUCACUAAAAUUGCGUUAUUAUUUUAUCCAUGUUUUUAAAAUGUAGAUAUAUAUAAUAAGAUCUCUGCUGUCUCUGAUCGUUAUUUUUUUUACAAUCCUGAUUCCACUUUCUGAAGAUGAAAAACAAAUUUGUAAGCAUAUCUCGCGAAUGUAAAUGUGGAUUAAUUCCUACCCAGAAUUACAUUUGGUUGAUUGAUUACAGGACGAUGUUCAGCACAUAUUUAUAUUAAACUGGUCUAUCAGGGGCCAACGAAUCAGUUGUAAAUGUUGCAAUUCUUCCUGGUAGCAAAGGAUGUCCUAAAAUGAACUCACGCACUAUAGAAAGGUAUUCAUCUUCAUCUUCAGAUAGUUCAAUGGGCAAUAAGUCCACCCUUUUACAUAUAACGUAAAUCAGUUAUGUUUGUUGUCGUUCUGUUUAACUAAACCAGUAUUAAUCAUCCUCAAUGCAAAUCCUGUACGUGUAUUACGCUUAUAUUUAUGUGGUAAUACUCGAGCUGAAUGAUCGAAUUUAAUUGUUUCUAAUUUAGUAUUCAAUGUUUUUAUUAUUGUAAACAUGUGUAUUUUAUAGGUAGGUUUUUGCGAAUAAGCAAAAGGGACUGAUGUUUUAAGGAAAUUUGGUAAAUGGGGGUAAACAGAGGAUAAAUUGUCAACUAUCGAGUACAUUGGCAGUUCUAUACAGGUUUAUUUUCACAUCGUCAGGAUAAUAUGGCAAUUUAACUCUCUGGCCCUCAGGAAUGAGUGAUGAUAACUCUUAAUUAUUAGUACCAUUAUUCAUGACAAUUUAUUACUACAGCCUACAAUACUUAUAUUUAUUUUAAUAUUAAGACUAAAUAUAUUCCCUAAAUUAAGCUUUCUCAAACAUCGAUUACUGUUUACUUUAUAGUUACGUUUACCCUGUUCUUGGUUUUAAAAAUAAAUUUUUGGAAAAA